AUGUAGAACGGUGGUGCCAAUCAAAUUCCUGGCAUGCGCAAAUGUUGCUAUUGAAGUCAGCGACAGUUGAACUGUCAGUGUUUAUUCAGAGCCCUAUACUUCGUUCUGCUGGUUGAAUUAAUCGGAAUAACACCUUGAGUAACCCAAUUUCGUUUUGAAGCCCCGAUCGAGAGAGGAAGGGAGGACAUCGCAUUUUAAUAAUCAGAAUUGUAAACUGAAAUACUAAAAGGGAAGGGCGGAGUGUCUGCUCUUCUUGUUUACCCAGCCCCUUUUACUUGGUGUCCCAACCUAACCUCAUCAACAGUGCUAAACUGGAAGCAUCUAAGUAAAAGCACAUGUCUGUGAUUGCAGUGCAACUCGGUCAGUGUGGCAACCAAAUUGGCUAUGAACUUUUUGAUGUCAUCUGUAGUGAUCUUCACAGUAAGAAUGGAACUUGUUCCAGAAGAGAAAAUAAGCUCUAUCAAGAAGCUUGUAAGGAAAGAUUCUUCAAUGAGGAUGAAUCUGGAAAUUUAGUAGCGAGGGCUGUACUUGUUGAUAUGGAACCCAAAGUAAUUUCUCACUCAUUAUCAAUGGCUGCUCGUUCUGGACAAUGGAACUAUAAUCAUCAUUCACAUUUUUCUCAGAAGCAGGGAUCAGGAAACAACUGGGCAAAUGGUUACUGUGUACAUGGCCCCAAGCAUCAGGACUGUGUGAUGGAUCUUGUCCGAAAGCAAGUGGAAGAAUGUGAUCGACUAGGUGGAUUUUUCACUAUAAUGAGCAUGGCUGGAGGAACAGGAUCUGGCAUGGGGACACAUGUCACACAAUGCUUACGUGAUGCGUAUCCUAACUCACUUCUACUCAAUCAUGUUAUUUGGCCCUAUGGCACUGGAGAGGUCAUUGUCCAGAAUUACAAUUCUAUUCUCACUCUCUCACACCUUUACCAGUCCUCGGAUGCUCUGCUAGUCCAUGAGAAUGAUGUCAUUCACAAAGUUUGCUCUCAGCUGAUGAAUAUCAAGCAGAUAUCUUUCAGGGAUGUUAACAAAGUCAUCGCACACCAGUUGGGCAAUGUUUUUCAGCCGACGUACACAUCAGAAGGAGCCUCACAUUACAGUAGAAAUACACUAGGGGAUUUAAUGGAGUGCUUAGUUCCCCACCCUGAAUUCAAAAUGUUGGGUCUUCAUAACAUUCCUCAAAUGUCUGAAAACUCUCUGGCAUACAGUACAUUUAAUUGGCAAGGGCUCAUCAAACAUUUAAGACAAAUGCUAAUUGCUAAUGCGAAGAUGGAAGAAGGAAUUAACUGGCAAGUACAACCUCCAUCAAAACCAGAAACAGAAAAGUUUUCACUGAUAAAGAAUCUGAAUUUUAAUACUUCUGUCGCUAAUUUAGCCAUCCUUAGAGGCAAAGAUGUACACACAGCCUCACUAGAAGGAUUUAAGGAUCCGGCAUUGUAUACUUCAUGGUUAUCGCCAGCUGAUGCUUUUAGCACUUGGAAAACACCAAGAGCAUUCAAUAAAUAUGAGAAGUCUGCCACUUUAGUGAGCAAUAGUCAGUGCUUGCUGAAACCCUUAGACAACAUAGUACACAAAGCAUGGAACAUGUUUGCUUCAAAAGCAUAUGUUCAUCAGUACACAAAGUUUGGAAUUGAGGAAGAGGAAUUCCUGGAGAGUUUCACCAUUCUAGAGCAAAUUAUUGCAAGUUAUACCAACCUAUGAUAUGGUUUUGUUUUUCCAUAUAUUAGAUGUUUUUUGUUCUUUAUUCUGGCAUCAUGUGUACAGCAGAGCAGUAUUUAUUAUUAUUAAUAAUAUCUAAAAUUGUCUAAUAAAUAUUUUUUUACAUAAAA